AUGGGCAAUAGUCUAAACUGAUUCUCUUAGGCAGAUCGCGAGGGAAGAGGGGGGGGGGUAUAGCACUGUCAAAUGCCUUUCACCCACUUAAUGGAUAUUGUUCAUAACAACAAAACAACUACAUAUUUUAUGUUUUAAAAAGUAACUAAACUGACAUUCUCAAGACAUUUUAAAACAUGUAGUAACUAUUGCCUUUAACUGAUUAAAUUCAUAUGAAAAUAAGAUAUAUCGCUAUAAUCAAUAUAAUUUAUAAUUCUCAUAUUUAAAUUAAAACUUGUUAGAGCUUUACAAUAUUCAAUUAUGAAUAUUGUGCUAUUCUAAAAUUGUUACUUAUGUCCGAAUAUAUUUGUAUUAUGUUUGUUUAUUUUUGUUUUUAAAUAUAUUUAUAUUUUUUUAAAACUCACAUUUGUUUCAGCAAAGUAUUAUACUACUUUACCAUCAAUAUAAAGUUCCAUAACUUUAUUACAGAUCCUGUUGACUGUUAAACGUGUGCACUCUGUUUUCAAAUUAACUUGCUUCAUAAAAUAAUGACAAAUUAACAUUAUUCAUAAAAUCAUGACUUUUAAAGCAGCUAUCGGUGGCAAUUAUCAAUUGUGUAAUUGCAAUAAUGCUAAAUGUACCGGACUCUAUGCGUAGUCAGUUAAUUAAAAGCAAACUUAACAAAACAUACUUAUUUCCAUAAACACUAAGAGUUUAAUGGACGAAUAGUGGAUUCUCAUCACGUACUAGAUAAAUCGAACUCUUAUAUGCUUUCUUAAAAUGUGCUUCUUUUGUAACAAAGUGUCAUGGAUAAAAUAGUUUUUUGUUGUAUUCUUUAAAUGUUUGGCUAAUCUUUAUUAGAUUCUUAAAUGCCUUUAACAUUUGAAUGGCAAAAACGUCCCUCCCCCAAUACUUAAAAUCCGAAUGAGCAGUUCUUUCGGCCUUUAGAAGCGUGACAGCGAUGUCAGAUGAAGGCACAGCUAAAGCAAUGUUUAAUUCCACUCAGAUUUUUGCAAUCAGGAGAUUCAUGAGGAAUGUAUGAACAGUUCCAACUUGAGCGUCAAGAAAAAACACCGUGACACUGGCUGUGACAACGCUCCUCAUGACUUGCUCAUAAACCAUCUUUUGCUGAACAUUUAACAGCAGGUCGUUUUCUGUAACUAUGUUGGCCAAUUGCGAGGUGUUGUAAGAUGUCUCUUUUAUGUAUUCAGGAUUUUACUUAACUUCUGGAAGUUCUCUGGAAGGUGUAGGCAAACCGUAAUGAUCCAGAGAUUGAUCUGCAAUAGCAAUCACGUAGUUUUCAUUCAAAUGCAGACACCUAAGAUAAUCAAAUGUAAGUGCAGGUUGACUUCUGUUUCUAUAUGAUGUCCUUCAGUCUGCCUCGUAACAUCUUCUGAUGUGCAGUUUUUAUGUUGUUUCCAUAGUGUAAAGGGGUUUUCCAUUUGGCAGAAGAGCAACAUAACAGCAAAGAGCUCAUGGAUCUUGUGUGAUGAGCAAGAGAGAGCAGCUUCCUGUAGAGUCUCGACCCAGUUUUUGUCGUUCUGUAACAAACUCAGUGCCGUACACACCGACUUAUAGGUUGAAUGUAAAACAUCAUCAACUGUUCUGAGAUAUUCGAACGACUGGCGCCUUUUAUUUUCCUGACCAUCAAUCGAAGAUGAUAACAUUAUUUUUCUUAAAAAACUUUUUAGAUAAUAAGAAAGGCCGUUAAAGAAUAUAAAAAGAUUGACUUUAAAUUAUAUACAGCAUUGCUAUUAAAAAAAAAUAUAUUUACCAUCACCGUCUACACCUGCUUAUUUACCAUGAUAAAUUAGAAAUUGAACCGGGUUUACAAAAGGUAUUUUUUAAAGUCACCAGAACAGUAGACCUACGAAAAUCGCGCAGCGCAAUGUGUAUCUGAGAUGGUACAAAAAAGAUUUUAAAAAAACAAACCCAAGACUUUUAUUGUUAAACAAUGUAAUGCUAUUCGUGAAGAAAGCGACACGUACUUUGCUGUAGCAAUGAGUUAACUUAGACAGACAUGAUUUGAGAUAAGGUCUACAUGUAUUUGGUAAAGAUACCAAAUCUUUGUAAAAAUUAUACUUAAGCUUAUGUAAUUGCGAGAUAAUGAAGGUUUGAGUAGCAGCCAACUUUGCUAGGAACUGAUGUCUGUUUGGUAAUUAAUAUACAGACAAAAACGUAUUUGGAUACUUUUUUUUAACAUAUGCAUUUAUUGUUAUAAAUGUCCAAGUGACAUGACUUAUAUUUUUUUUAAAAUAAAUUAUGACGUGUUCUAAUCAUAUGAUGUUUGCAGCUACAACAUGUUGAACACUGUGUUACUUAUACUGACCAUGUGUGUCUCGGGCAACGCCGUCGUGCCAGAAACUCUGUCUGAAUAUGACAAAACUCAUUUCCUUUCUGUGCAUAACCGGUUGCGGUCAUCGUUAUGCAUUCCGAAACUGGUUGGUUUUGAUUAAUGCACUCAAUUAAUGCCAGAAACUCUAUCUAAAAAAAACAAAAACAAACGUAUCUUUUAUUUAUGUAAACAAAUGGAUAUAUUUUAUGAUUGCGUUGUUUAUUUACAACACAUUAACAAAAAUUGAGCACAAGACAUUUAUAUAAAAAGUAUUUCACUAGGAAAAAGGAAAAAAAAACAAAGCGUCAUUUAGAGAGUCCUCAUAGCCAUAUCAAAGAGGUGAUAGCUACCUUUGAGCUUUGUCAUUUUAUUUUCAUUGCUUCACGUUAUUAUUGACACAAAAAGAAUCUAUAAUGAACCGCGACCACCUUUACCCUAUAUAAUCGACACUGUAACCUAAUUAUAUUGAACCCUGUAACAUGAUAUGAUAACUUACAUUUUUAGACGCAUUUAUUAUAUACUACAAUGUUCACCUAGCCGCCGUCUGCCUUGACAAUUAUAUUAAUUCAAAUGAUUCCCAUUACAGAUACAAUUGCAGCGUUAUUUAAAGUUUUGUAACCAAAUAUACUGAGAUGCGAACCACAUCAAAAAAUGAAAUUAACAGUGCCUGCAGCGAACAUGAUAUGCUUGUGCUGAUGGCGUUUGCAUUUUUGUUGUCUGACUAUGUGUAUAAAUACUAACAUAUAAAUGGAACAUCAGUCUUGUCCGAACAAAAGUGGAACUUUGGUGCUCUAUUAUUAAGAAAAGAGGGAAAAAAAAGGUUUUAUUGUCUUUAUUUUAUGUUUACAAUUUUUAGUAGCUUCACGAGUUUAGUCAUUUGUGUCAAAAAUGUAAUUACACAUUGUUUGUGUGGUUUUUUUAAAUCACUUAAAACAAUUUUUUACGAAGUAUUCCUUGAUAGGUUUUGCCUGACGAAAAUAAACAUCAUACCACUAAACUAAUAAAUUAGUCCAUUUUCUUCUAAGCGCAAUGGUAUUGAUCAAUACAAUUAACUGAAAUGAAUCGUUGUAAACAUUAAUUUUGAAAAAAAAAAAAACUUGUAUAACUUACUUGUACGGACCUGACCUGCAUAGUUGCACAACAUUAUUGGAACCUGAUCUGAGUUUACACACGUUAUUUUCAAGUAAGUCGCAAUAAUUGUUGACCUUACUAAUGCGCGCAGGACAGUUAGUAUCUGCGAGAAGCAAACUAAACCCAACGGAUUAAAAAUGUUAUGAGAAAAAUAAAAUUUACUCGCUAAACGUUCAACAAUGUAACUUUAACCUCGAUGUACCAGGGGUACCUAGCCUAUUGGAUGACUUAACUUGGACAUUCACGAUUUUGGAUGAGGACCAUAAGCAUUUUGUUUGAAAAACUAAAUUUUAUUAUCUUAUAUUUACUAAAGCUUUUUUGUAAAUUUGAGAAGAUAAAACUUUGAAUAGCUCCCAACUUUGCGAGGAGCUGCUGUUUAUUAAAUAAAAAUAAAAAAUUAAUUAAUAGGAAAACAAACAAAAAACUCAUGAGGUGUUUAAAAUUAAUAUAAACAUUAUUGGUUGUAUUACUUGCAUGCGUUACAUUAGGACGUGUUUAUUAAAUCAUAUUUUCAGCUACAACAUGUUGUCAAGUGUGUUACUCUUACUGACCAUGAUUGUCUCGGGCUACGCUGCCGGCCUAGAAACUCUAUCUCAGUCUGUUAUAACUGCUUUCCUUUCUGGCCAUAACGAUGUGCGCUCAUCGUUAGGCCUCCCAGACCUGGUUGGUUUUAAUAUAUUUAUACAUUCGACAUUUUAAAACUAAUAUUUUCUUUAAAAGAUCUUACAUUUAUGUUCGUCUAAUUUAAGCGUUACCCCUUUUGAAAUCUCGUAAAACUAACAUGGAACCAAAUCAUAAGCAUUGUAAUUAUAUGUAAAAUGAUUGUAACGUGUUUAUGUAAAUCAGAAUACAGAUAUGUAAUAGUUUAUGCGGCAAAUUUGUGAAGCAAAUAUUUUAUAUCUCCAACGUUUCCUGUCUAAUGUACUAAAUAUCGUAUUGUUACUUUACGCUCUUCUUAGCAUUUUUGCCCUUGUGUUUAAAAAAAAAAGUUUCACUUAAAAUCCACUGUUUUAAAUUUUGCUUUAAUCUUAGUUCCAACAAUUCUAACCGGACAAACUUAAUUAUUAACAACUCUGUCUUAGGUCUGGAAUUCCACGCUGGUGUCUGUUGCUGAAAGACAUCUUGCUUAUUGUUACUUUAAAGACUUUAUGGACGGGGGAAACCAGUAUGUAUCAGUGUGUAAGUACUAAAUGUUGAAUGUCAUGUUGACCGUGACCGUUACAUCGUGGUAAAAGUACUCGAACCAGGUCUAGCUAUCAAGAAAGAGUAGGAAGGCUAUGAACAGCUGUGCCAAGCGGCUAUCGUCACAGAAAUGGAGGCGUAUGACGGUAGUUGUACAGCCGUUGUCUCUAACUCAGGUCAGAACAUCUUAGAGGAUCAGCAAACGUUGUAUUUGACUCCGAUUUGAAAGCCUUGAGGCGUCCGUAUACAAUGUCUUUGGCUCUAUUUACCUUGCUCCAAAGGGCAGUCAACGUUGUCUUUGACUCUAUUUACCUUGCUCCAAAGGGCAGUCAACGUUGUCUUUGACUCUAUUUACCUUGCUCCAAAGGGCAGUCAACGUUGUCUUUGACUCUAUUUACCUUGCUACAAAGGGCAGUAUACUUUGUUUUUAACUCUAGUUACAGUGCAUUAUGGCGUCAGUUUGACUUUGGCGUUAUUUAAUUUCAAACAAACUGUGACGUUAGGAAGGAACGAGUGUGUAUAAAUUGGGACACAGAAUCAAGAUAAUUUAGUGACAACAAACUUCAGUCCUUAAAUGAAACAUUCUUUUCUGUGUGUUAGAUGUAGACAUAGGUCUAGUUUGUGCCGGUUCAUGGCAGUGUAACCCACAUAGAGGUAAGUGAAUGUGCUGUGUCCGAAUCUAGAAGCUUUAUGGCGGUUUGUGGAUGUGACUGAUUUAUUUACCAUGUUGACAAUUAGUUAGUCUGGAAGAAUGUUUUACUUAGUUAGUUAGGGCACUGGAAAUAUCGCAUAAUGAAAGUGUUUUCCUCAAAGUAUUUAAGGAAAAGUCUCCUUAUUUUGUAUGCAAUUAAGAUGAGUCACUGCAAGGGCGUGACCGUGUUGACAGUGAACGGAUGGAAACACAAAAACAUUCAGAAGAGACGGAAGAAGAAACCAGUGACAUACCUUCACAAUAGCACAGACCCUGAAUUAGAACCGAAGAACUCCGCUAAAAGGAGGUGUGGCUUCUCGUAUGACGCAUAUGAUAGAAUUGCCAGUAUUGUGAAUAAACAUAUUACAUCUAAAGUGACAGCCAUCAAUAUUUCAUAGCAUAUCUUUUAUGAUAUUUUUCAUCAUGUUACAUAAGUAAUUCUUAGUUCAUGUCAUGUAUGUUUUAUAUUACAUUUAAUAGUAUAUUUAAAUACACAUUAGCUGUCGUUUUUUAAAAGUUUAUUUGCUGAUUUCUUUUGUUUUUUGCGAUGAUGUUUUGUUUCCAUAGGGCGCGAUGAAUCAAAGUAUGGUACGACGACUACAAUAGCGCCUACCUACCCGGCCGCUUCCCACCUCAUUACAAGUAGGUACCUUCGACAUACAGUUUACAACCUCUGAUAGGAAUGUUUGUUAUAUUCUUUCUAACAACAUGUCUCUCGAUAAACACAUUUCUCAAAUGUGUCGUUCGGCUUCUCCACCGUUAUCCGUCAGUUAAGCUCCAUUCGCGACUACCUCACAGUUAGCGCUACAAAAACUCUAGUCUGUGCUCUUGUUCUCUCCAGUAUUGACUCUAAACUCUCUUCUGUCAGGUUCACCAAUAAACUUCAUUCAAAAACUGCCGAAGGUUCUAAACUAAGCCGCUAGGCUAGUUCUAAGGCAAAAAAAGUUUGAUCAUGUCACUUCGCUACUCCACUCAUCUUAUUGGCUCCCUAUACAGGCACGCAUUGACUACAAGCUGUCUGUUCUCUUUCAAAAGUUUUUAAUGCAUUCCUUCCCUUCUGAUCUAUUUGAAAUUUUGUCUACAUCUUCACCUCUUCGACAGCUUCGCUCCUCCGCAGACAAGCGUAUUUCUACCGUUCCCAAAACACACUCUAAAACGUAGGGUGAACAAUAUUUCUCUUUCUGCGCCCCCAAACAUUGGCAUUAUUGGAAUUCAUUGCCACUACACAUAUCAAUAUACCAACAACCUAGGCCUUCCGUACUGCACUCAAAACACACCUCUGUUAUCUAUACUACCCUGACUGAUUCCCAUCUUUGACAGAUAAACGAUCCUGCUGGCUGCCUUCCAUGGUUUGCUUUGUAAAUGUUCUGGGGUUAGUGUGUGUAUAUACUUUUUUUUUAGACAUGCUGUUCUUAUUUCAUAAAUGCAUUAUUUCAUACAAGAAUCGUAUUUGAAGCGUAAACAUCACUGCAUUGAUACGUCUUUUAAAAAGAUGGAAUUUUAAUGACCUUUAACAAUAGAUGGACACAAAUAUCGCAACGUAUUUACCAUUAUUAUCCUAUAAUUUUAAAUCAUAUAUUUCUAGUAUAUAUUAGAUUGUGUAGCAGUGUAUGACUGAGACCGGUGUCAUUCCUUCAUUCACAAUUCAAAUUUGAUUGUGUUUUUCCAAACUUUAUUCUUUCAAUGCUUAUGUAUCUUACCUGUAUAUCUAUCUAUAGCUACAAAGCCAGACAAUGUAGCCAAAGCAAAUAAUGCAAUUGGGAGUUGGUGGUCGGAGGCUAUCAAUGUUGACCCUGCGUGGGCGUGUAUUUCUGAUUGGUCAUGUAGAAGCUACUCCCAAGUAAGUGUCCGCGAGUAAAAUAUAUUUAAAAAAAAAAAUCAUAAAAAUAAACUGUUUAAUGAGCAAAAUUUAAAUAAAAGUUGCCAUAGCUGCACGCAGCAUCCAUUGUGUCCUUAAAUCUUUUUAUUAGGUUAUAGCAAUGAAUCUUUUUAAUUUUUGGCUGUACAAAUAUAAAGGGACACUUGGAUUAUUAUUACUUUAAAAAAAAAAAUUAAAUGCCAAAUAAAAAGUUCAAAUAUGAAUGAUUGGCUUGAGACUAAUUUAUAAUAUAAGGGGCCUGCCAUAAGCUCCUGGAAUGGCAUCAAUUAUUUUUUUCCUGGCACAAGCUUCAAGAUGGAUCUUGUCUUUUUCUAUAUUUAAUUUGUUUUAAAAAAAAAAUUAAAAAAAAUAAAAAUCAAUUAAUUAUUUAAAUAAAAACAAUCGAUUCUCGACAGAUAUGUUUUUAUUUUAAUCUGAUGAUUAAAAACAUACAGAUACAUUUAUGCAAAUAAUAAACUACUGAGCAGCUUUUUUUAAACUUUGGCUUAAUAUCUCAUCUAGACAAUCUUUUAGAGAAACUUGAAUUUUCAUAUCAGCAUUUUAAGAGGUGUUUCUAUUGGACAGAUCUGCCUCUCUGUCCUAGGUGUAUCCAGGAAAAAGCUAAUGCAGUGAAUUUUUCAAUUUAAUUUAGCAUUUACAAAAUAAAAGCUGCAGUUGUGGUUAGGUUUAGUUAAUUUCGGGACAGGUCAAGAUUUCUUAAGCUUUUCACCGAAAUAACUUGUUGGCAAAAACUUUGAACUCUCAGUAGAUAGUGGGAAAUAGUCGGCACGUCGUAUUUACCCACACUUUCUACCGAUAAAAUUAAAAUCCAUUACUACUGUAUUUUUUUAUAAUUUAAAAGAGUUGUACUCAUAUUUUAAAACAAAAUAAAGAAAGAAGUGCGGUCUACACAAACUGGCAUGAAUCCCAAUAAAGAAUUGUUUCCAUUUGCAUUAAGAUAAUUAAGCUGAGUUUCAAAAUAAAAUCAAUGACAGAAACGGUAUUUGUGCCAAACACACAUUUAUUUUUUUAGUAUUACAUUCCCGUACUUUUAUUAUGCAUGCACUAUAUCUUCAGCUUGUGUGGAGAAGCACGACAAGUGUGGGUUGUGCCAUCUUUACCUGCAGCGAAAUGCAGGCACUUGUAAAAUGUGAAUACUAUCCCCAGUGAGUAGCUUACCAUAUUUUAUAAUAUAUUUACUUGUCAUUCUAAACAAAUAUUCACCUGCUCAAAAAUAAAAAUAACUUUGUUUGUAUUCAUAUUGUAUGGUGUUGAUACAUGCAUUUUACUAUUUCAGAGGUAACGUAAAGGGAGAAAUCCCAUACUAGUUGGAAAACCUGUCUUAUCAAGGUGUGUACGCUAACAAAGACGUCAUGAUUAAAUUUUUUCCAGUUUUUGUUUCAUCAUUUGUGUUCAAGUUUAAAAAAAAACAAACUUAUAUUACACAUCUCCUAUCAAUGUGUUCCAAGUUUCAGAAAUGGAUAUCCUUUUUUGGUCACGAUUUGUCUAAGAGCACGAACCAAGUAUACAUACCCUGUUAAUAAACUGCAAAGUAUUUAAAUUGUCUUUAGAAUUUUAAUGUUUGGUACUGAGUUGUUUUAAAGCUUUCAAUUAUGUGUUCGUUUUUUUUUUUAUAAGAAUGAAACACAUCUAAUCGUUCAAUUAAAAAAAAAAUGCCAUCUUCAUUUUAUAAGACAUUGUUUAACUUAUUCAUUAUUGUUUUUAUUGAUUUAUUCUUAAAGUAUUUAAAUUGUCUUUAGAAUUUUAAUGUUUGGUAUUGAGUUGUUUUAAAGCUUUCAAUUAUGUGUUCGUUUUUUUUUUUAUAAGAAUGAAACACAUCUAAUCGUUCAAUUAAAAAAAAAAAUGCCAUCUUCAUUUUAUAAGACAUUGUUUAACUUAUUCAUUAUUGUUUUUAUUGAUGUAUUCUUUCAUUUUAAGAUUUGGAUGUUUGCACCAUUAAACAUAAAUGUGCUUAAAAAAAUAUUUAAAAAAAACAACCUGUAAAUGAUUAAUGAAAGAACUGUUAUUAUGUCAUCUUGAACAUCUGCCACAUCGCUCCACUAACCAAAAAUAUCAUUAAUAAUAUUGCCCAUACCCUUUUUUUUUUUUUUUUUUUUUUUUUUUUUUUUGGGGGGGGGGGGGUUUUUAUUAAUAAUAAUUUUAAAUACUUAUAUCACUUGAACAGGAUUUUGCCUUUAACACUCAACAUUUUGGUUUGGGUACGGCAUUUAUUGUAUAACUAAAAACAACGUUCAAUGAGCUAUUUUUUUAUAGUUUACAGCCAUUAAGUAAUUUUUUUCAGCUCCCAAUAUUGAGUUAUUAUUCUUCUUAUGAGGAUGAUUUAAGGUACAUAAAAGGCUCCAUUAGUAUAGUAAAAGGGCUCCUUAAGCUAAACAACAAUUGUCAGCGUUCAAAUUGUUAUCUAAACAUUCUUUCUAAAAAUAUAAUUAACAAUUUAUGACAGUGUUGGACUGCAUGGAGUUAAAAAAGGUUUAAUUAGAGACUCAUAAAUUGUGUAUAUAAAAUAAUAUACGUUCAGUUUAACCAAACAGAAUACAAAUGUAAUUGUUUCUUCUAAUGACGUCAUCAGUUCAAAAAAAAAAAAAAAAAAAAAAGAGAUACUCAUGUAAGUAUACAUUAAAUUUACAUAAUGUAAAUAUAAAAGUAGCCCUCCCCACCCCCAAAAAAAAAAAAAAAAAAAAAAAAGAGAUACUCAUGUAAGUAUACAUUAAAUUUACAUAAUGUAAAUAUAAAAGUAGCCCUCCCCACCCCCCAAAGAAAAAAAAAUACAACAAAGAAUAACAAGUCCCUUGCAAAAACAAAGUUCAGAAGAAAGGAAAGGAAGUGUGUUGAACUACUAUUUUUAAAAAAAAGCAAACACAAAAAAAAAACAUGGCAGUUACGUAAAAGUGUGGAUUUUGUUACGCCUGUCUGGAUUCAACGAAUACUUUAUAUGUAUUUUUUUUUUCCAUUUAUUACUACAAUACUAUAUGCGCGUAACUUCUAUGUCUAAAAUUCAUUCAUGAUUAGUCCCAUUGAAAGGGUGCAUUCAGUUUGUCGGUAUGUUGAAUUCACAUGUUAAAGUGUUUUAUCAGUUGGCUUGUAAAAUAUAUGUAUACAGAGAUUUAUUGGGUUGCAUUCAACUUGUUUUAAAGGAGUGAGUUAAGAUAAAAAAUAGUUACAUCCAGGUAGUUAAAAGAUUUAAUCAUUUAAUUAUAAGGCUGCAUUCAUAUAAUUUUUUUUUUCUAUUAUACUAGUUAAAAGUUUGCAUUCAGCUAUUUAAUUAAAUUGACUGAAUUUAGCAAGACAGUUUUCUACAUUCGGGUCAAAACUGUUGCAUUAAAUUGGUUAAAUUGUUGUAUCUAGGUAGUUAAAAUUUGCGAUUCAGCUUAGUGUGUUAAAAAGUACUCAAACUGCUACAUUUAGCUAUUUAAGUUUGCUGCAAUCAGCUAUUUUUUACUUGUGUGAAAAGCUUGUUUAACACUUGCGUUCAUUUAUUUAAAAUUUACUUUUACGAUUGUGUUACGCAGUGUUGUCAAUAUAGAGAACAGAAACUCUCAUUUAGAAGUGUAUGGAUAGGUCUAAAACAUUACAUAACACAAGACGAUUACAAAUGAUAUAUUGAAUAACAGGGAAUACGAUACUCGACUCAGUGCUUAUUUCACGUUGUGAAUUUAAUUAAGUUUAUAACAAAUUACAAAAUUAAAAACAAAUAUAAUUAAAAACUAAUGACGCACCGUACUUUGCUUUGAGGGUACCAGUACGAUUUCGGAUAGAUUACAAUGUGCAAAAAGCUCUCGCACGUUUAGAAAUAACUUACUCUCGCUGUCUUCUCUGUUCUGCGUGCCACUCGCCUUUAUAUAGAUUUUAGUCGGUUUUAUACAUGGUUUCGGCAAUUAUUACUCAUUGUAAUAGUGAAAUAAACUUUCUACAAUUUGCUACUCAAUUCGAGUCAAGAAACAGGCAAUAUAUUGUUUUUGUAGCGGAUAUCAAACAGAGACUACAAUUAGUAAGAUACGCCCGAUAAUAACGCAUGUUAUUUGGGGUCUGCUUAAAGUCGUUUACCAGGAAAAGAUGAAAUCAGACUAAAAAUAGGAAGCCCUUUAUAUAUAUAUAUAUACACACACUCAUAUAUAUAUAAGUAUUAUUCCGAUUUUAUUUCUUUAAAAUAGCAAAUACCACGAAAAACAAAAAUCAAACAAUCAAAGAAAAACACAUUCCUAAGGCCGAACAACCGAUUACAUAUUAAUGAUUCGCAUAAGUCUGAUGCAUGUUGUUUUGGGCCUAUCCAAAUGGCCCAAAAUGUCAAAAAAAGUAUAUUCCUGGCACAAGUUGCAAAAGGCUUCAUUGGUGUAGCUAGGGUUCUACAGUACCCCGGUUAUAAAUGGAGCGUCCGGCAAGUUACUGAAUGCUAGCGCUAAGACACAUGUGUAUUAUUUUAAGAAACUGGCUAAAUAUUUAAAACAUCCUUAUUAAAAAGAGAAAACAUAUUGAUUUA